AUGGUUGUUCCCCAUGCUCCCUUGACUGUGAAGAACGUUGACCUGUUGGAAAAGGAAAAUGCGAAAGUUCAUCGCACCGAUCGCUUUGAACUUGUCGCCAAGGCAAAAUCAACUCCAGUUCUACGACGUGGCCAACCUUUCAAACUAAGAUUACACUUCGACCGUCCAUUUCUUGAAAAUAUGGACAUCGUGCGUAUUUUCUUCAGCUUUGGGUCUUAUCCUGAUGUGAUGAAAGGUACGAAAGGGGUUGGCACCAUUGCUAAGAAAACAUCUCUUCCGGCUCACUCGGAGACUUGGCAAGUCAGAGCAACUGAUUUAAGGACAGAGAUUGUGUCAAUCGAGGUUCAGAGUCCGGCGAACUGUCCGGUCGGAGUUUGGAAACUCUUCAUAGAUACGACUGUAUCGGGUCAUGAAAACACCACCAACACUUUUGAAGUUGACAGCGACAUCUAUCUGCUAUUCAAUCCAUGGAUGAAACACGACCUAGUUUACAUGGAAGACCAGAAACUACUCGAAGAGUACGUUAUGAAUGAUACGGGAAAGAUUUGGGUGGGAACCAAAAAAGAACCCAAAGGCAGAGGAUGGGUUUUUGGUCAGUUCCACGCUUGCGUUCUCCCAGCGUGUCAAUUGAUGCUCAAAAAAUCCGGAAUCAAGGACGUGGCUCGAGGAGAUCCAAUAAAGAUGUCCAGAGCAAUAUCCAGAAUCGUCAACGCGAACGAUGAUAACGGAGUUCUAGCCGGUAAUUGGACUGAUAAUUACGAUGGUGGAGUUUCUCCGUCAGCGUGGACAGGAAGUGUCCCAAUAUUGAAGAAGUUUUUAGAAACCAAAAACACGGUUCGUUUCGGCCAAUGCUGGGUAUUCUCAGGAGUAGUGACAACCGUCUGUAGAGCUUUGGGACUGCCGGCGAGAUCAGUUACGAAUUUGCGCUCAGCGCACGAUUGCGACAACACGUUAUCCAUUGACCGUUACUUCAACAGCCGCCAUGAACGUCUGUUUUUCGAUCCAAUCACGGGAAAAAGCUUCGAGGAUUCGAUCUGGAACUUUCAUGUUUGGAACGACGUUUGGAUGGCGAGACCGGAUCUACCCAAGGGCUACGGUGGCUGGCAAGUCAUUGACGCUACACCUCAGGAGACGUCUGAUGGCACGUUUCAAUGCGGUCCGGCUUCUGUUGAGGCGAUCAAACAGGGUGCUGCGGGCUUCAACUACGACGUUCCAUUUAUGAUAUCCUCCGUGAACGCUGACGUCGUGAAUUGGAUUGAAGACAAACGAAGUGAAUCAGGUUGGAGAAGCUUCAGCACCUCCAAGGAUGCCGUUGGAAUUAUGAUUUUGACCAAAGCACCCUUGAAGUUCGACUCCAAAGGUGAAAGAGACCGGCUAGACAUCACGUGCUCUUACAAAGCCGAGGAAGGAACACAGGCGGAGCGGUUAACUUUGUACAGGGCUGCUCGUUGUUUGGAUAGUGCAAGGAGGUCCUACGCGAUUCCUGAGCUCACUAAAGAAGAUUGUGAAUUCACUCUGGUCGAUCUCGACACAGUGAAUAUCGGAGAACCUUUCGCUGUUCAGGUGAACGUCAAGAAUAACUCUAAGGAACAACGAACUAUCCGGGCAAUUUUAUCAGUCCGGAGUGUAUUUUACAACGGUAAUCCAGGCCACACGGUGAAAUCUGUGCUUACAAAUCUUACUCUUCAUCCGAAAAAACGAGACGUGCUGCGCCUGCCAAUCACAGCUGAUCAGUAUCUGGACAAAUUAGUCGAGUAUUGCCACUUGAAGUUGUCUGCUGUGAUUGCGGUAAACGAGACAAAUCAAACUUGGGUCGAUGAGGAUGAUUUCCGGGUCGUGAAACCAACUAUAAAUAUAGAGGUUGCAAGAAAAUUGGUUAUGGAGCAACCGGCAAUGCUUUCACUGACGUUCACAAACCCCUUAAAGAAGAUGCUGACCGAUUGUAAAAUCAAUCUCAGUAGUUCAGGCUUCCGUAGCACCAAGGAAAUGAGCCUCAAGGAUGUUGCUCCAAGCAAAAUGGUUCAUGUAAUUCAUCAAGCGGUCCCGUACAUGGACGGAAAACACAACAUAGUUGUGACCUUCACCUCCAAAGAACUUUGCGAUGUCACCGGAUUGGCGACUGUGGAAGUUAUCGAAGAACAUGAAAACGCCAUCCAGAAAUAG